AUCGUCCCGUCAUCAGCCCGCCACGAGGUAGGCGAUCUACUUUAUACCCCUGGAGAUACCGUUGGCCAAGCCCUCCAGUUGCCGCUCUCGCCCCGUGUGCUUGGUUGGACAGCCAUUGACACCGGGGACCUCAACCUUCCCACCGGGAUCUCCGUGACUCGGUUACCCCUCCCCGGCCCUUGUCUCAAAGCCAAAACAAGGCAGCCUUUCUUCACAUAGCAAUAUAAGCCAGCAUCACCCACCUUGUCACCCGCCUUGCCCUUCCCGUCACCAUGUCCGAUCCCACGCCUGCCCAGGAGGAGUUUGCCGCCUUUAUCGACAAGAACAGCCGUUCUGAAUUGGACGGAGUCCACCCGGAGGACCGUGAAGCUGUGGCCAAAGAGCUCGAAGACCGCGAACGAAGCGAAGACGAGGAGGAUCGUUACCGGGCGUCCUUGAUUGACGCUGCCAUGCGCAUGCCUACCAUGGACGCGCGCACUGAGAUCCGCCUGCCGCCGGCCGAGUUUGACAGAGGCCGGUCGACCGGCGUAAAGGGCGUCAUUGCCGACGCCAGAUCCUACGAAGCCGCCCGCCAGUCAAAGUGGAAGGAGAGAGUCCGGGCCGCCCGCCGGAGUGUGUUCGGCUUGGACGGCAGCCAGCCAAACCGAAGCAGCGGCCCAGACAGUGAUGGCAGUGGUACCGAGGACCCUGACGAGGAAGCAUUUCUGGAGCAAUGGCGAGAGAGCCGAAGGCGCGAGCUCGAGGAGGAGAGCAAAAAGCCCGUUCGGAACCGGAGGACGAGUCCGAGUAUCAGGCUAUAUGGGCGCUUCGACCAGGUCGACGCCCUCGGUUACCUCGAUGCGAUAGAAAAGGUCGGGAAGGAAACAGUAGUCGUCGUCUUCGUCUACGACCCCGAGGUCUGUACACCAUCCCCUGAGCAAUUCUUUUUUGUCCAUCCAUACACUGAUCCGGGAAAACAGAGUGAGGUCUCGGCGGCCAUCGAGUCCGCUCUAAUCCCCCUCGUGAGCACCUAUCCGGCCGUGCGCUUCGUCAAAGUGCAUUACGGGGAUAUUGAGUUUGAUAAUGCUGGCGUCCCGGCAAUACUUGCAUACCGGAAUCAAGGUGAUCUGUUUGCCAAUCUCACCGGCAUCCUGGAGAUGAUUCCGGACGACGACGAUUUUGAUACGGAAUCACUCAGGAAACUCAUCAUCAAGCAGGGCAUCUUGUAGCAAAUGCCCUUCCCAGAGUCGAGCCUCUUCUGAUGCUUGUUUGAUGAACUUUGCCACUUCGAUACGAGUUGGCACAUCCGGACGCGUUGGGUGCUGGGUUUUAGAGCGGAUUAAGGUGUUUCUUGAAUUUGUCAUGCAAUGCUUCGUUUACCACAUCUGCAUCCAU